AUGGCCUGGCAGGUGAGCCCGCCCGGGCUGCACGACCAGCUCCAGUGUCCCAUCUGCCUGGAGGUCUUCAAAGAGCCCCUGGUGCUGCCGUGCGGCCACUCCUACUGCAAGGCCUGCCUGCUGUCCCUGUCCUGCCACCUGGCCUCGGAGCUGCGCUGCCCCGUGUGCCGCCGCGCGGUGGACGGCAGCAGCUCCCCGCCCAACGUGUCCCUGGCCCGGGUGAUCGAAGCCCUGCGGCUGCCGGGGGACCCGGAGCCCACGGUCUGCGCGCACCACCGAAACCCCCUCAGCCUCUUCUGCGAGAAGGACCAGGAGCUCAUCUGUGGGCUCUGCGGCCUGUUGGGCUCCCACCAGCACCACCCGGUCACCCCGGUCUCCACGGUCUACAGCCGCAUGAAGGAGGAGCUUGCGGCCUUCCUCUCUGACCUGAAGCAGGAGCAGAAGGAGGUGGAUGAGCACAUCGCCAAACUGGAGAACAACAGGACACGCAUUGUUAACGAGUCAGAUGUGUUCAGCUGGGUGAUCCGUCGAGAGUUCCAGGAGCUGCACCGCCUGGUAGACGAGGAGAAGGCCCGCUGCCUGGAGGGCAUCCAGGGCCACACUCGAGGCCUGCUGGCCUCCUUGGGCCUGCAGCUAGCCCAGGCCCAGGGUGCUCGCGAACGGCUGGCCCAGGCUGCGCGUGUGCAGGAGCAGCUGGGAGGGGCAAGCCAGCUCGAGUUCAUUCGGAAAUACCACCGUUUGGCCUCCAGAGCAGAGCUCCAGCAGGCCAGGCCCUGGGAAGGCGCAUUCAGCCCCAUCUCCUUUAAGCCAGCCCUCCACCAGGCGGAUAUCAAGCUGACUGUGUGGAAAAGGCUGUUCCGGAAAGUUCUGCCAGCCCUGGAGUGUCUCAGGCUGGACCCUGCCACAGCCCACCCCCUGCUGGAGCUAUCCAAGGGUGACACCGUGGUACAGUGUGGCCUCUUGGCCCAGCGGCGUGCCAGCCAGCCUGAGCGUUUCGACUACAAUACGUGUGUCUUGGCCAGUCGGGGCUUCUCCUGCGGCCGCCACUACUGGGAGGUGACGGUGGGCAGCAAGAGUGACUGGCGUCUGGGCAUCAUUAAGGGCACGGCCAGCCGCAAGGGCAAGCUGAGCAAGUCCCCAGAGCACGGUGUGUGGCUGAUUGGCUUGAAGGAAGGCCGUGUGUACGAGGCCUUUGGCUGCCCCAGAGUGCCGCUGCCUGUGGCAGGCCACCCGCACCGCAUCGGAGUCUACCUGCAUUACGAGCAAGGUGAGCUCACCUUCUUCAACGCCGACCGCCCUGAUGACCUGCGGCCACUCUACACCUUCCAGGCUGACUUCCAGGGCAAGCUCUACCCCAUCCUGGACAUGUGUUGGCAUGAGAGGGGCAGCAACUCACUGCCCUUGGUGCUGCCCCCACCUACUGGGCCUGGCCACCUCCCUUCCCCACAGCCCACCAAGCUAUAGGCUGCCUGGUGGUGCCAAGCACUGGGACUUCGGUACUGCUGGGACCCACGGUGUCACGUAUGACAGAAGGAGCUCCUCCUCCACUGGCCACAGUUUCCUUGAGGCCUGGCCCUUCCGACUGUGCCCUGUGCA